AGAAGAAAAAUCUAUUUUUAAGAAAUAGAGAAGUUUUGGGGAAUGAAUGAAUGAAUGUUACCAAUUGCAAGAGCAGCAUCAACAACAACAAUGUUCAAUUUCUCCACACUAGUGCAAAAUCCUCAAUCCAACACACUCUUCUUCUCUCCCUUCCCAUUCUCCCCUUCUUCUCCCACGCCCCGCAAAUUUCACUCUCUCAAACUCCCCACAAACUCUAACCUCCACAAUUCCCUCUCCUCAUCCUUCCAAAACGACAACGACGAAGAACAUGUAAUCGGAGACUGUCUCGUCUUCGAGGAAGGCAUUUUCGAAGACCCCAUUUUUCCCACUUCCUCCGACAACCUCGUAGACAACAAAAAACCAAAACCCACUUCGAAGAAGAAAAAAAAGGUAACAAUUAAGUCGGAGAAUUUGGUCCCUGACAAGUGGAGAGAAGUGCAAGCAGAGUUAAACAUAACGAAGAAAGAGGGACGUAAGAUAGCUCAGGAGAUUGAGUUCAAUAGUAAGGUUUUGAAGAAGAAAAUAGGGUUGGUUCCUUUGAGGGACAUGAAUUUGGAGGACUAUAGAGCUUAUAAAGAAGCUAUGUUGGCUAAGUUGAAACCUAUGGUUCUUGAUAAGCCUCCAAGUUUUAGUUUUGCUGAGAAAGAGGAGGAGGAGGAGGAAGAGUUGGAAGAUGAAUUGAAUGAUGGGUUUAGGGAAGAACGUGUUGAGCCUAAGAAUCCUAGGUGGGCUGUUUAUGGGAGAGGUUUGGAGGAUGUCAAUGAGUUUUUGAAUAGUCCAAGUUAUGAACUUGCUGUUCAGAAAACUGAAGGUCGUCCUAAGUUGUUUACGAAGGAGGAGAAGGCUUUGUUGAGUAUGAAUAAGCCAGACUUGUCAGUUGCUACUUCAGAUAAAUGGCUUCCUCUGCACACUUUUGCUGCUAGCGCAGAAUCUUUCCUCUUAGAAACUUUGUUGAAGCAUGGGGUUGAUAUUAAUGCUAUGGAUAAGGAUGGUUUGACCGCUCUCAACAAAUCGAUAAUUGGAAGAAAGCAUGCCAUAACCAAUCAUCUCCUACGAAACUCGGCCAAUCCUUUUGUACAAGAUAAUGAUGGAGCCUCCUUAAUGCAUUAUGCUGUACAAACAGCUUCUGUCCCAACAAUUAAAGUGCUUUUGUUGUAUAAUGUGGAUAUAAAUCUUCAGGACAAUGAUGGCUGGACACCAUUACAUCUUGCAGUUCAAACUCAGAGAAAUGAUGUAGUAAAGCUUCUGCUGAUUAAAGGCGCUGAUAAGACAUUAAAAAACAAGGAUGGUUUAACUCCACUUGACCUUUGCCUCUACUCUGGUCAAAGUAUCAGAACAUAUGAGUUGAUCAAGUUGUUGAAACAGCCUCCAAGACGCUUUAGAAAUACUCGAAAGAAAGAAUACGUCUCUUAGAGACUUGGACUAACUAUUGAAGAGUAGACAUUGCCAUGUUUUGCAUCAUAGCCCUUCAGCAUAUGGAAAUUUUAGGACAAGUAUGUUAUUGUAUUGUAUUCAACAUUGUAUACAAAAUAUGACAGGAAAGUAGAAAUGUUUUCAUGAGAAGGAAAAUAUUUUCAUCAAGCUAAUCCAAUGAAACCACAUUGGCUUUGGUUUAGCAGAAAACAUGGCUAAAGCUAAUUAAAUACUCUAUCCAGAAUAAAACAUGAAGAGAAAUUAUUGUAUCUGAAAAGUUAGUGUAUCUGGUUAAAAAUUAA